UUAUUUUCAAUGAAGGGUUUUAAAGAGAUUAAUGCUGUAUUGGUUGUACUUUGUUAUCCUUCAGGCAGAGUAGGAUAUAAAAUCUAUACUAAAUCGCAUUGUUAUUAAUAAAGUUUACUAGAGCAUGUCAUGUUUUGUAUGUUAAGAUAGUUAUUUUUACGGUUUUAAUUACUUGAAGUGCUAAAAACGUUUCUGCUUUUCGUUACAACAGACAUUGUGACACUGAAUAUAUGGAUGGACCUCUUAUGAUUACUUUUUGAAAUAUGUUGUUGACUCUGACGUGACAUCAUUAUGUCGCCAAACGAUCCGGACGCGAAAUACGUCUGCUCUUUCACUGACGCCGAGGUAAACAAGGCAAUCGUAGAGCUAAAGGAGCAUCCGGCAGACCGACUUCCGGCUGUACGCGCAUUCCGGAAAUGGAUAGAGGAACAAUCCUCGUGGCUAACCUCACCUACAGACACUAAGUUCCUGCUGGCGUUCCUGCGAAUCUCCAAAUUCAGCCAGCUGACGGCUCGGGAGCGCCUCAGCAACUUCCUCGCCUCUUUCAACGACUCUGUCAGUUACCUUAACGGCCAUGACCCCGCAGACCCCAAGUACCUCAAUAUCCUCAGGGCAAGUCGUGUGUUCACGCCAUUACCGCAGACAGACAAAGAAGGUCGAACGAUAAUUCUCGGAAAUUACGACAAUUUUGAUCCCACGGGCAACUCCUAUGAGUAUGCAGACUUUCAGCGAUCUAUUCUUGGAGUGUGUCACUCCCUUGUCUUCUGUGAUGAACAUUUCCAAUUGAAUGGCGUCAACUUUCUCAUGGAUUACGGGGCUGUCACCAUGAAACACAUCACGUUUGGUGGCUCAGAAAACAUGAAGAAACGGGCACAACAUUUCCAGAAAGCACUACCCGUAUCAAUACGUCAAUUCCACCACUAUAAUAAUGGACCCAUAUUUAACGUGCUGCUCCAUAUCUUACGCCCUGCCUUACCUGAGAAAAUGAGAAUACGGGUGUUCAUGCAUGGGCACAGUAUGGUCUCCGUGUACAAAGAGAUCCCAAUGGAGCUACUCCCGGAAGAGUAUCUGGCGGACGACUACCAGGGCGACAGCGCCGGAAGUCUCCAGGAUAUCACAGAAAACAAUAUCAAGAAGCUUCUGUUGGACCCAGAGCGGCGGAAGUUCAUCAAGGACCUUUGGAGCGGUCGGUACGGUGCGGACCUCAGCCGUAAACCUCAGCUCCAGGACACCACGGAUGGCGACUUGUACGGCUCAUUCCGGAAACUCAACAUAUAAACACAUCUAAACCGCGGCUGUACUGACUGUUUGUAAUCUUAUGAUGCUGGGAUUUGGUGGCACGAGAAACUGGCUGAUGGCGUCAGUGAAAUUUACGUUCUGUUUUUGAAUGGAAAAAGAGAUCGCAAAGUGAUGAAGUGUUUGUGUUACUAAAGGUUACUUCCUUACCGUUAAAGAAGUGAACAGACCGUGAUUAACAACAUGUUUACGAAUCUCAAAACGUUCAUCAAAUCCAUAAAAUAAUGUAAAUAGUUAGUUUGUUAAUGAAUUAAUUAAACAUGUUUUAGUCUUGUCUUACUGAAGAACAUUUAAAUGUAGGGAAUGGGUGUAGCCAUUUCAUGUCAGCACAUAUGCCAUGAAAUUUUGCAUUGUGUUUUGUACAUACUGCCUUAUAUUGAGAAUUUUGUGUUCUUAAAUGGGCACUAACAGUGCUUGUUUUGUCACAAUUUAAUAAUAAGUGCUGUUUCCCGGUUCAUCAGAAUGUUGGUCGAGCUUUCUAAAACCAAAAUACAUAUAUAUAAGCAUGUAUGUUAAAACGGUAUCGCUGAUGUUAUUUUAGCUCCCUGUUUUUCGAGGGAGUGUUUUAUAUGGCUUUGUCGGCUGCGAUGGAGUCGUUUCAAUAUUGGGCAUAA